AUGAAUACAUUGAAAUAUUUUCAUUUAGGAUGGAUUAAUAGUAGUAAUAUGAAUUAUCCACGAUAUAGACAUACAGCAUCAAUAUUACCAGGAGGAAAAAUAUUAGUUGCUGGUGGAUUAGAUGAUAAUAGCGCUAUAAAUACUGUCGAAUUAUAUGAUCCAUCAAUAAAAACUUGGACAACAACUAGUAACAUGAUUGAUAAACGAUGGGAGCAUACAGCAUCGAUAUUGACAAAUGGAAAAGUAUUAAUUACUGGUGGCUAUAAUAAUGCUGCUCUAAAAAGUACUGAGUUGUAUGAUAUAUCAAAGGGAACGUGGAGAUAUACUACCAAUAUGAAUCAUGCAAGAUAUUAUCACACAGCAUCUGUAUUACCAAAUGGAAAAGUAUUAGUUACGGGUGGAUCUAUUGGUGGUAUUCCAAAUAGUGCUGAGUUGUAUGAUUCAUCAUUAGAAACAUGGACAUCUACUAGUAAUAUGUAUAAUGGAAGAUAUUAUCACACAGCAUCGAUAUUGACAAAUGGAAAAGUAUUAGUUACUGGUGGAUAUAACACUGGUGGUGCUCUUAACAGUACAGAAUUAUAUGAUUCAUCAGUAGGAACUUGGAAAAUUACUGGUACAUCUGUACUGACAAAUGGAAAAAUAUUAGUAACUGGUGGAUCAAAUGGUAGUGCUUUAAAAAGUGUUGAAUUAUAUGAUCCAUUAUUAGAAACUUGGAAAACUACUGGAGACAUGAAUAAUGCUAGAUAUUAUCAUACGGCAUCUGUAUUAAUAAAUGGAAAAGUAUUAGUUACGGGUGGAUAUGAUGGUGGUGCUUUAGAUAGUGCUGAGUUAUAUGAUCCAUUAACAGAAAUUUGGUCAACAGUUGAUAAUAUGGAAAAUAGACGAUGGGUACACACUGCAUCUGUACUGCCAAAUGGACAAGUUUUAAUAACUUGUGGAUAUGAUAAUCAUACUUUAGAUACUAAUGAAAUAUAUAAUCCAUAA